AACUCAAAAGAAUUUCUUGGAAAACAUAAGAAACUUCAACUCUGGCGCCCUGGCGAUGGCUUCAAUGAGUGCGCGGGUCGAGGCGUUACAAGGAUGGGGACCCUACUGUUAUAGAAUUCACGGGCAGGCUGGGACCUCUCCACCCAAGAGAUGGAGAACCGCGCCAAUACGGAUAUAUAUAUAUACAUAUAUAUUAGAUACGGAGCUAGCUGCCCAGGAGCGUCUCGGAGACGUAACAAGCUAUGAGUGCGAACCGGGGCUCAUGCGCUUCCUAAGUGGUCCACUAGCCAGUGUCAACAUUUACGCCCAGUCUUAUAAGAUGAUAUACGAAGUAGAGCAGACGGAAGUCGCCAUGGCUGCUUACGAAAACCGUGCGCGACUUAUCCACUUUUGUUUCCUACUGGUGAAGGUGGUUGGGAACAUAGCUUGA